AUGAAUGGGGGUUUUGAAUUCGUGAAGGUUGGUCAGCGCCAUCGAAGUCCGUUGACUAAGGUCCAUCAAAGACUAUCCAACAAGUCCACCAGUAUCGAGGGCCGUUCCUCUCUCGCAGUCGUGUCCAAGGCUUUUUCCCCGCGGGUUCAGGGUUACACCACUCGAACUCACCUCACCACCGCCGGUGCUGUUAUUUUUGAUCCUAUACCCAAUUGGGCUUGUAAUGUUAUCAGUGAUGAUGAAAAUGUAAGAUCUGUAAUAAGUACACAGAGUAUAGUUUGCUCGAGAGUCACUGCUUCUGUAAAUCCUCUUGAAGAUGAGGAUAUUUCUAGACUGUGGUCCUUAGAUACGAUCGGCAUCGGGAAGGAUGCGCGAUCCUAUAACGACCAAGCAGCGAUCGAACAUUUCAAUGAGACUAUUGUAAAGACUGAUAAUAAAUAUACGAUUGAUUUGCCAUUUAAGAGCGAUGCCAGACCCCCUACGGGUUAUAGAAAAGCUUUAGGUCAAUUAUAUUCACUUAGGAGAACCUUUCAGUCUAAACCAGUCAUGUUUGAUCAAUAUCAGUCUGUUUUAGAUGAGUAUGUUAAGUUAGGAUUUGUUGAGGAGGUAAAGUUAGAAGAUAACUCCUUUGAUCAGGUUGAUGGCAUUAAUCAUUAUUUACCUCACCACCAGUUUUUCAAGGAAUCUGCUACGACUCCAAUUAGGAUAGUUUUCAAUGCAAGUAGUAAGGAGUCACACCAUGCAAAGUCCCUCAAUGAUUGUUUACAUGCGGGACCUAAUCUGGCGACGAAAUUGACAGAUAUGCUGCUGGAAUUUCGUCAGAACAAAUAUGCUGUAGUAGCAGACAUAAGUAAAGCUUUCCUUAGAAUAGGAAUUAAUGAAAAUCACAAAGAUUUCACAAGAUUCUUAUGGUUUGCUGAUAGAGAUUUUAAGCAUGUCAAGACUUUCAGAUUUAAGGUUUUAUUGUUUGGAGCUACUUGUUCACCUUUUCUGUUGAAUCAGACAAUACAGUAUCAUUUGCAAAACUAUUCAGAUCCCAUCGCCAACUCAGUCAAGAAGUCCUUUUAUGUGGAUAACUUUAUGAAAACUUAUGAGAAAUGUGAAGAUUUAGAACUCGAGAGUAAUAAGGUAAACCAAAUUAUGUUGGAAGCUAAUAUGCCUUUGGGAGAAUGGGCUAGCAAUUUGAGUUCAUUUAAUGAUAAACAUAGCCCAGAUACUGUCAACUUGAAUGCAGUAAAACUACUCGGUCUCUUGUGGGAUACCUGUAAUGACUCAUUGAGUGUAAAGAUGCCGUCUCAGAUUGUUACAUAUUUGAAUAAUCUAGGAAAUGUUUGUACUUUGACUAAGAGAAAGGUUGUGUCUCUCCUUUCAACCAUCUUUGAUCCUUUGGGAAUGUUAACGCCUGUAACAAUCAAGGGAAAACUAUUUGUGAAGAAAUUGUGGGAACUGAAAACUGACUGGGAUGACGAACUGAUGAUGGAGUUAAAGAAAGAGUUCGAUGAAUUGUUAAACCAACUCAAUUCUAUUGAGGAGAUCAAAGUCCCUAGAUCUUGUUUUAAUGAAGGAACUUGUAGCUUACAUGUAUUUGUUGAUGCCUCUCAUGUGGCUUAUGGAGCCUAUGCGUAUGUUGUUAGCAGUAAGCACCAAAGUCACUUGCUAAUUAAUUGUACUGUUUGGAGUGACUCCCAAGUAGCUUUGAGUUGGGUAUUUUAUGAAAGAUCUAAAGAAGUAUUUGUAACCAACAGAGUAAAGGAAAUCAAGGACUUGAAGUCCAGUCAUAACAUCAGGUUGUUAUAUGUCAAGAGCGAGGAUAAUCCUGCUGAUUUAGUUACACGAGGUAUUUCAAUGUCUCCUCUGAAGUCCGAAACAUCCUCUAAUUCUGGUUGA